CUGCUGGCCGAGGCCAAGCCAAUUAGGAGUAAUAGUAACGCCUCUGUGAUAACAUAUUUAAAAACAGAUUGUUGCGCAGAGGAGAAAUUCCAGCCAGGGAAGAGCAGAGUGAGAACAUGGGAAUAACAACAUAGACACCAAGGUCAGUGCAGAAGGAGGGGGAGGAGGUGCUCCAGGUGCCAGAGCUGAGGCCCCUGCAGCCCAUGGAGGACCAUCAGGGUGUAGACACCCACCUGCAGCCCAUGGAGAAGCCCACGCUGGAGCAGGUGGAUGCAUGAAGGAGGCUGUGACCCCGUGGGAGGCCCAAGAUGGAGCAGGGUCCUGCCAGAGACUUGCAGCCCAUGGAGAGGGAAGCCCAUGCUGGAGCAGAUUUUUCCCAGGGAAGGACUUGUGGCCCCUGGGGGGGGACCCAUGCCAGUACAGCUGUGGUGGGUUGACCUUGGCUGGAUGCCAGGUGCCCACCCAGCUGCUCUAUUACUCCCCUUCCCAACGGGACAGGGGAGAGAGUAAGGUGGAUUAAAAAAAACAACUCAUGGGUUGGGAUAAGGCAGGUUAUUUAAAGCAAAAAACUAAAGCGAAGCUUGCGCGUGCAGGAACGAAAGAUAGCAUGGUUUAUUCUCUACUUCCCGUGAGCAGCAAUGAUUGGCCACUCCUGAGAAUCAGGACUUCAGCAUGUGUGGUGGUUUCUCAGCAGGGAGCCAUUAGACAAUGAAUGCCUGCCCUCCUGCUCCUUGCCUUAGCUUUUAUAUCUGAGCUGACGUCAUAUGGUAUGGUAUAUCCCUUUGGUCAGUUUGGGUCAGCUGGCCUACUUGUGUCCCCUCCCCGGAUCUUGCCCUCAAUUGAGGAAGGAAUGUUACAGUACUGAUGCUGUGCUCAGCAGUAGCCAAAACACUGGUGUGUUAUCAACACCUUUCUAGCUACCAAUGCAAAGCAGAGCACUGUGAGGGCUGUUUUGGGGAAAUAAACUCCAUCUCAGCCAGACCCCAUACACAGUGAAAAGGCUUUGCUGCUGCUGUCAUCAAGAGUGUGGUACCCUAGACAUGAUCCCCCAAGAAGGAUGUAGCUGUCCAGGUCACUGGCUGCAAGGGAGUGCAUGCGCCUGGUGUUAGUACUGGAGGACAGUGCAAAAGACACCUGUGUGCAGUGUGAACAGGUGAAUGAUCUACUGUCUAGUGGCAGUGUUUAAAGAAGAAGUGGAAAGGCUAAGGAGUAUCAGGGAGAGUGAAAGGAAAAUAGACUGGUGGAGUUACACCCUUCCAACCCUGAGAGAAACUCAUUAGGAGUCAGAGAUGCCCUGCCCCUCUUGCCAUCAGGCAGAAGGAGGAGACCUAGUAGAUGGGGGGAAAUGGAAACAGGUCCCUGCUUGGGGAGGUAAAAGAAUUCCCUCCUGAUCCCCAUCGCCUUCCCAGGUGUCCUUACAGAAUAGGUAUGAGGUCCUGGAUCUAGAGGGUCAGGCAGAUGACACUUGAGAAAAAAAUCUGUCUGGAGGGUCUCCCAGUUGCACUCCAUCAGGCGGAUGACAACCUCAGCUAUUAAGAAGAAAAGUAGUUGUAGUAGGUGACUCCCGAGGGGAACUGAGGGCCCUGUAUGCCAACUGGACCCAUCCCACAGGGAAGUCUGCUGCCUCCCUGGGACCCAGGUAAGGGAUAUCACCAGGAGACUCCCUGAACUAAUUCAGCCCUCUGAUUAUUACCCGCUGUUGGUUGUCCAGGUUGGCAGUGAUUAGGUUGAUAAGAGGGGAACCAGGGUAAUUAAAAAGGACUUCAAGGCUCUGGGUUGACUGCUUGAUGGAACAGGAGUGCAGGUGGUGUUCUGCUCAAUUUCUUUAGUAACAGGGAUGAACGGUGAAAGGAACAGGAAAACCCACGACAUCAAUAAGUGGCUUAAGGACUUGGUGUCAUCAGCAGAAUUUUGGGGUUUUUGAUCAUGGGACAAUUUUUAUGGCACCAGACCUGCUAGAGUCAGAUGGGCUUCAUCUAUCUAGCAUGGGCAAAAGGACUCUAGCCUAUGAGUUGACAGGGCUGAUUAAGAGGGCUUUAAGCUAGGUUUGAAGGGGGAAGGGAAUGAAACCAGGCUCUCCAGAGAUGAGCCUAAGGGUGAUAAGCCAGAGUUAGGGGUGAAAUCAGCAGCCCAGUUGAACUGCACAUACACUGAUGCAUGCAGUAUGGGCAACAAACAAGAGGAGCUGGAAGCCAUCGUGCAGCAAGAAAGCUAUGACAUCACCAUCAAGGAAAUGUGGUGAGAUGACUCAUGACUGGAGUGCUGCAAUAGAUGGUUACAUGCUCUUCAGAAGGGACAGGCAAGGUAGGAGGGGUGGCUCUGUAUAUUAGGGAGUCUCUUGACUAUAGAACUUGAGGUUAGUGAAGAUAAGGUGGAGUGAUUAUGGGUAAGAAUGAGGGGGAAGGCCAACAAGUCUGACAUCCUGGUGAGUGUCAGUUAUAGACCACCCAACCAGGAUGAAGAGGUGGAUGAAUUAUUCUAUAAGCAGCUGGUGAAUGUUUCAAGAUUGCCAGCUCUUGUUCUUGUGGGAGACUAACCUGCCAGAUGUCUGCUGGGAACUCAACACAGCAGAGAAGAGGCAGUCUGGGAGGUUCUUGAAGUGUGUGGAGGAUAGCUUCUUGUCACAACUGGUGAGCAAGCCUACCAGGUGUGGGGCCCCUCUAGACCUGCUGUUUACAAACAGAGAAGGGCUGGUGGGAGAUGUGGUGGUCAGAGGCCCUCUUGGGAUACUGGUCAUGAAACAAUAGUUUUCAAUACUUGGUGAAACAAGGAGGGGCAUCAACAAAACCUCUAUGCUGGACUUCCGGAGGGCAGACUUCGGCCUAUUCAGGAUGCUGAUUCAGAGAGUACCUUGGGAAACAGCCCUUAAAAACAAAGGGGUCCAGGAAGUAUGGACAUACUUCAAAAAAGAAAUCUUGAAGGCACAGGAGCAGGCUGUCCCUAUGUGCAGGAAAACGAGUUGAUGGGGAAUCCGACUGGCCUGGCUGGGCAGGGAGCUUUUGCAGGAACUCAGAGAAAAAAAAAGUGUUUAUCGCCUUUGGAAAAAGGGGCAGAUAACUCAGGAAGUGUUUAAGUAUGUCAUUAGAUCAUGCAGAAAGAAAAUUAGAAAGGCGAAGGCAUAAUUUAAACUUAAUCUGGCCACUAAUGUAAAGUAUAAUAAAAAGUGGUUUUAUAAAUACAUUAAUAGCAAAAGGAGGGGCAAGGAAGACCUCCAUUCUUUAUUGGAUGUGGGGGGAAUAAAGUUACAAAAGAUGAGGAAAAGGCUGAGGUUAUUAACACCUUCCUUGCCUCAGUUUUCAACAGUAAGACAGGUUGUCCUCAGGACAACAAGCCUCCUGAGCUGGUAGACAGGGAUGGGGAGCUGAAUGGUUCCCCUGUAAACUAAGAGGAAGCAGUGACCUGCUGAGCUACUUAGAUGCUCACAAGUUCUGUGGGAUCAUAUGGGAUCCAUCCUAGGGUGAUGAGGGAGCUGGCAGAGGAGUUUACCAAGCUGCCCUCCAUCAUUUAUCAUCAGUCUGGCUAACCAGGGAGGUCCCAGAUGACUGGAAGUUGGCCAAUGUGACACUCAUCCAUAAGAAGGACCAGAAGGAGGAUCCGGGAAACUACAGGCAUGUCAGCCUGAUUUUGGUGCCCAGGAAGGAUAUGGAACAGAUUGAGUGAGAUAAUACGGCACCUACAGGACGGCCUGGGGAUCAGACCCAUCCAGCAUGGAUUUAGGAGGGGCAGGUCCUGCUUGAUCAACAUGAUCUCCUUUUAUGACCAGGUGACCCACCUGGUGGAUGAGGGCAAGGCUGUGGAUGUGUCUACCUGGACUUCGGCAAAGCCUUUGACACUGUCCCCCAUAGCAUACUCCUGGAAAAGCUUACAGUCCAAACUUGGACAGGUACACCCUUCACUGGGUUAAGAACUGGCUGGAUGACCGGGCCCAGAGAGUGGUGGUGAACGGUGCUGCAUCCAGUUGGUGGCUGGUCACUAGUGGUGUCCCCCGGGAUCAGUGUUGGGCCCAGUCCUUUCUAAUACCUGGAUGAGAGGAUUGAGUGUACCAUUAGUAAAUUUGCACAUGACGCCAAGUUGGGUGGGAGUGUCGAUCUUCUGGAGAGUAGGAGGGCUCUGCAGAGGGACCUGGACAGGCUGGAUAGAUAGGCUGAAUCCAACAGUAUGAGGUUCAACAAGACCAAGUGACAGGUCCUGCACUUUGGCCACUACAGGUUUAGUGGCUGGACAGUGGCCAGGCAGAAAGGGACCUGGGGGUACUGAUUGACAGCAGGCUGAACAAGAGCCAGCAGUGUGCCCAGGUGGCCAAGAAGGCCAAUGGCAUCCUGGCCCAUAUCAGGAAUAGUGUGGCCAACAGGACCAGGGAAGAGAUUCUUCCCCUGUACUUGGCACUGGUUAGGCAACACCUUGAGUACUGUGUCCAUUUCUGUGCCCCUCAGUUUAGGAAGGAUAUUGAGAUGCUGGAGUAUGUCCAGUGAAGGACAACGAGGCUGCUGAAGGGUCUAGAACACAAGUCCUAUGAGGAGUGGCUAAGGGAGCUAGGGGUUGUUUAACCUGGAGAGGAAGAGGCUCAGGGGGGACUCUACAACUACCUGAAAUGAGAUUGUAACUGAGUGGUGGUCAGUCUCUUCUCCCAGGCAACUAGCAAUAGGACAAGAUGACAUAGUCUUAAACUGCACCAGGGGAGGUUUAGGUUAGACAUGAGGAAGAAUUUCUUCAUAGAAAGGGUGUUUAGAUGUUGAAUUGGGCUGCCCAGGGAGGUGGUGGAGUCACUGUCCCUGGAGAUGUUUAAGGAAAGGCUGGAUGUGCACUUAAUGUCAUGGUCUAGUAGACAAGGUAAUGUCAGGUCAUAGGUCGAACUUGAUGAUCUCAGAGGUCUUUUCCAACAUAGUUGAUUCUGUGAUUCAUGGUACAGGUACUAAGGGAGCCAAUUAGAAAAGGUGCCCUCCUUGGUUUGUUGACUGUUUACAGAGAGGGGCUCAUGACUGAAGUGGCGAUUGGUGGCUAUCCUGGCCACAGCAACCAUGAAACAGUGGUGUUUAAAAUCUCUUGACAGAAGGAAAAAUGCCAGCAAAACCUCAACCCUGGACAUGAGGAGAGCAGACUUCAAGUGGCUCACCAAACAAGCUAGUAAGAUCCCCUGAGAAAACACUGUUUAAGGUACCAGGGUUAAUCAGGACUGGUCAAUUUUUAAGCACCACCUCCUAACAGCACAGGAGCAGGCAAUUCAAAAAUGUUGCAAGUCAAGCAGAUGAGGCUAAGCAGGAAUCUUCUUCUGCAGCAAAGGCAAAACAGGAAGGUGUAUGGCCAGUGGAAAUAAGGUCAGGUGACAUAGGAGGAAUACAGAGAUGUUGCUUGCCACUGUAGGGAGAAAAUUCAUGCAGCCAAACCUCAAUUAGAGCUGAAGCUGGGUAGUACUGCGGGGGAAUAUAAAAAUGUUUUUUAAAUACGUUAAUAGCAAAAGGCAGCGCAGAAAUAAUAUCAGCCCGUUACAGGAUGAGGAUGGUCACCUCACAAACAGCAGCAUAAACAAGGCAGAGAUGUUUAAGGGUAGUAGUGGGUUGACCUUGCCUGCCAGCCAGGUGCCCACCAAGCCACUCUAUCACUCCCCUUUCCCAGCCGGACAAGGGAGAGAAAAUAAGAUGGAAAGCAGCUUGUGAGUUAAGGCAGUUUACUAAAACAAAAGUGAAAGCGUGUGUACAAAAGCCAAGCAGAAAAAAAUAAAAAAGGUUAAUUCUCUACUUCCCAUCAGCGAGUAAUGUCCAGCCAUAUCCCAGGAAGCAGGGCUUCAGCAUGCACAACAGUUUCUCAGUAGGCAGGCACUGUAAGCAAUGAAUGCCCUCCCUUCCUGCUACUUUGCUUAGCUUUUAUAUUUGAGCUGAUGUCAUAUGGUAUGGAAUAUCCCUUUGGUUAGUUUGGGUCAGCUGGCCUGGUUGUGUCCCCUCCCAGGAUCUUGCCCUCGAUUGGGAAAGGAAUGUUGCAGUGCUGAUGCUGUGCUCAGCAGUAGCCAAAACACUGGUGUGUUAUCAACACCUUUCUAGCUACCAAUGCAAAGCAGAGCACUGUGAGGGCUGUUUUGGGGAAAUGAACUCCAUCUCAGCCAGACCCAAUACACUUUCUUUGCCUUUGUCUUCAACACCGAUGAUGGGCUAAGGGGGUCCCAGAACCCUGAGCUGGAGGACCAUGACUACAAGAAUGGUCAACUCCCAGUCGACCCUGAAAUUGUGUGGGAUCUGCUGGUCCAGCUGGAUCCCUUUAAGUCAAUGGAGCCUGAUGGGAUUCAUCGGAGAAUAAAGUGCUGGCUGAUGUCAUUGUGAGGCCUCUCUCAAUGAUUUUUGACUGGUCUUGGGAUCUGGAGGGGUCCCAGUUGACUGAAAGCUGGCAAAUGUCCCAAUUUUCAAGAAGGGCUAGAAGGAUGACCCUGGAAACUACAGGUCUGUCAGUCUCAAUUCAGUGACUGAUAAAAUUAUGGAUAAGAUUAUUCAUGGCUUCAUGAGGGGCAAGUCCUGCUUGUCAAAUUUAAUUUUCUUUUUCAACAAAGUAACCCACCUAGUUGAUCAAGGGAAACCAGUUGAUAUAAUAUUUUGGAUUUCAGUAAAGCUUUUGAUACUGUCUCUCACAGGAUCCUUCUGGACAAACACUCCAACACACAGCUGAAUAAACACAUGCAAUGGGUGAGCAACUGACUGACGAGUCAGGCGCAAAGGGUUAUAUUGAAUGGGGUAAUAUCAGGCUCUGUGCUUUUCAACAUCUUCAUAAAUGACUUGCAUGCAGGACUGGAAGGGAUACUAGGUAAGUUUACCAGCUAUACUAAAUUGGGAGGAGCUGCUGACUACUUUGGAGGCAGAAAGGCCCUGCAGAGAGACCUGGACAGAUUAGAGGGCUGGGUAAUAACCAACCAUAUGAAGUUUAACAAAGACUCGUGCCAGAUUCUGCACCUGGGAUGGGGCAACCCUGAAUGUACAUACAGACUGGGGAGCAAGAAGCUGGAGAGCAGCACGGUGGAAAGGGACCAGGGGAUCCUGACCAAUCGCAAGUUGAAUAUGAGUCAGCAGUGUGCCCUGGCAGCCAGGAGGGCCAACUGCGUUCUGGGGUGCAUCAGGCACAGCAUCGCCAACCAGUCAAGGGAGGUGAUUGUCCUGCUCUACUCUGCGCUGUUGUGGCCUCACCUUGAGUACUGUGUGCAGUUUUGGGCACCACAAUAUAAGAAGGAUCUAAAAGCUAUUAGAGAGCAUCCAAGGGAGGACCAUGAAGAUGGUGAAGGGCAUUGAGAGGAAGCCCUAUGAGGAGCGUCUGAGGUCACUUGGCUUGUUCAGCCUGGAGAAGAGGAGACUGAGGGGAGACCUCAUUGCAGUCUACAACUUCCUCACAAGGGGAAGCGCAGGGUGAGGCACUGAUCUCUUCUCUCUGUUGACCAGUGACAGGACAUGAGGGAAUAGCAUGAAGCUGUGUUAGGGGAGGUUUAGGUUAGAUAUUAGAAAGAGGUUCUUCACGCAGAGGGUGGUUGGGCACUGGAACAGGCUCUCCAGGGAAGUGGUCAUAACAUCAAGCCUGCUAGAGUUCAAGAAGCAUUUGGGCAAUGCUCUGAGGCAGAAGGUGUGAUUCUUGGGAAUAUCCUGUGCAGGGCCAGGAAUUGGACUUCAAUGAUUCUUGUGGGUGCCUUUCAAUUCCAUAUAUUCUAAGAUUCUAUGAUUCUAUGACAUUUAUUUCCAUUACCUCACUAACCGGCGGAUCCCCAAAGCAACAUCUGGACAGAGGUACACAAGUGAAGACGCAGGCACCAUUAAACUCCGACUAUGCUACAGGAUCACUGGCUGCUGUUCACACAUGCUCAUCAAGAGCAGGACCACCCUCGGUGCUUGUUUGCCAUGGCUCCUGCAUCAGGUGCUUUCCAGGACUUCCAGUCACCACAGCUCCUGUGUGACGGCCACCACUUCCUGCGUGGUGCCGGCACAUCUGCUGGUUGCUGCUGCAGCUGUGCCAAAGGGACUUGGAAGUUUUUUCCCUUUGUGAACGGUUUCCACUUGAGUGGCACAGUGACAGACCGUGCAACGCAAUCGGAACCAGAAACUCUUUGCAAUGUAGCUAUCAGCUUUGAUCGUUGCAAGAUUACCUCAGUGACCUGUAGCUGUGGAAACAAGGACAUAUUUUACUGUGCCCAUGUUGUGGCACUCUCUUUAUACCGGAUCCGCAAGCCAGAUCAGGUCAAACUGCAUCUUCCCAUUUCAGAGACACUGUUUCAAAUGAACAGAGACCAACUACAAAAAUUUGUACAGUAUUUGAUCACAGUGCACCACACAGAAGUGUUGCCAACUGCUCAGAAAUUAGCAGAUGAAAUUCUUUCUCAGAAUUCAGAAAUCAAUCAAGUCCAUGGUGCUCCUGACCCAACAGCAGGUGCCAGCAUAGAUGAUGAAAACUGCUGGCAUUUGGAUGAGGAACAGGUCCAAGAACAGGUUAAACUCUUCCUCUCCCAGGGUGGAUACCAUGGAUCAGGGAAGCAGCUCAAUUUGCUUUUUGCAAAGGUGCGAGAGAUGCUAAAGAUGAGAGAUUCAAAUGGAGCUCGCAUGUUGACGUUGAUAACAGAACAGUUCAUGGCUGACCCUCGUCUGUCCCUUUGGACACAGCAAGGAACUGCAAUGACUGACAAGUAUAGGCAGCUCUGGGAUGAACUGGGUGCUCUGUGGAUGUGUAUAGUCUUAAAUCCCCACUGCAAGUUGGAGCAGAAGGUCAGUUGGCUAAAACAGCUGAAAAAAUGGAAUAGUGUGGAUGUUUGUCCCUGGGAAGAUGGAAACCAUGGAAAUGAGCUGCCCAAUUUAACCAAUGCUUUGCCUCAGGGUGCAAAUGCUAACCAAGAUUCAUCAAACAGACCACAUCGGACGGUGUUCACUCGAGCCAUAGAGGCAUGCGAUCUGCACUGGCAGGACAGCCACUUGCAGCACAUUAUCAGCAGUGACCUAUACACCAACUACUGUUACCAUGACAACACCGAAAACUCACUCUAUGACUCUCAGGGGUGGCCCCUCUGGCAUGAACAUGUUCCUACAGCCUGUGCGAGGGUGGAUGCAUUACGAUCUCAUGGAUACCCACGAGAAGCACUGAGGCUAGCAAUAGCUAUUGUUAAUACACUAAGAAGGCAGCAGCAGAAACAGCUGGAAAUGUUCCAGGCUCAGAAGAAAGAACUUCUCCACAAAGGAGUAACCUCAAUAACAAAUCUUGAAGGUUGGGUGGGACAUCCUUUGGAUCCGAUUGGCACCCUCUUCAGUAGCCUGAUUGAAGCCUGCAGGGUAGAUGAUGAGAGCUUCCAUGGAUUCUCAGACUUCACGGAGAACAUGGGGCAAUGCAAAUCUCUGGAGUACCAGCAGCUACCUGCACACAAGUUUUUAGAAGAAGGGGAAUCUUAUUUAAUACUGGCUGUGGAAGUAGCAUUGAUAGGGCUGGGACAGCAACGGAUAAUGCCAGAUGGCUUGUAUGCACAAGAGAAGGUUUGUCGAAAUGAGGAGCAGCUCAUUUCUAAGCUACAGGAAAUUGAAUUGGAUGAUACUCUGGUGAAGAUUUUUCGAAAACAAGCAGUCUUCCUAUUAGAAGCUGGACCAUAUAGUGGUUUAGGUGAAAUCAUCCAUCGAGAGAGUGUUCCAAUGCACACAUUUGCCAAGUACCUUUUCACCUCUCUCCUACCUCAUGAUACUGAAUUGGCAUACAAAACUGCACUGAGAGCCAUGAGGUUGCGAGUAUUGGAAUCUACGACUCCUUUGGGAGAUAUGUCCCAUCCACACCACAUUGUAUCAGUUGCUCCAAACCGAUAUCCCCGCUGGUUCACCCUAAGUCACAUCGAAUCCCAGCAAUGUGAGCUGGCAUCCACCAUGCUAACAGCAGCCAAAGGUGAUGUUCAGAGGCUGGAAACAGUGUUAAAAUCCAUUCAGAAAAAUAUCCACUCCUCAUCACACAUCUUCAAACUUGCCCAGGAUGCAUUUAAAAUAGCAACACUCAUGGACAGCUUGCCAGACAUCACUCUUCUGAAAGUUUCUCUGGAGUUGGGCCUUCAGGUGAUGCGGAUGACACUGUCAACACUGAAUUGGCGACGACGGGAAAUGGUGAGGUGGUUGGUAACAUGUGCAACAGAAAUAGGUGUUUAUGCACUGGAUAGUAUAAUGCAAAACUGGUUUACACUUUUCACUCCAACAGAAGCCACUAGUAUUGUUGCUACAACAGUGAUGUCCAACAGCACCGUUGUCCGUCUGCAUCUGGACUGCCAUCAACAGGAGAAACUGGCCAGCAGUGCUAGGACACUUGCUCUACAGUGUGCCAUGAAGGAUCCUCAAAACUGUGCCCUCUCUGCACUGACCUUAUGUGAAAAGGAUCACAUAACUUUUGAGACUGCUUACCAAAUUGUUCUAGAUGCUGCUACGACCAGCAUGAGCUACUCGCAGCUUUUUACUAUAGCACGAUACAUGGAGCACCGUGGUUACCCCAUGCGGGCCUACAAGCUGGCCACUUUGGCCAUGACACAUCUCAACCUGAGUUACAAUCAGGACACACAUCCUGCCAUUAACGAUGUUCUCUGGGCAUGUGUGCUCAGCCACUCCCUUGGGAAAAAUGAGCUAACAGCUAUAAUACCUCUGGUAGUCAAAAGUGUCAAGUGUGCAACAGUACUGUCAGAUAUUUUGCGUAGGUGUACUUUGACCACUCCUGGCAUGGUGGGACUCCAUGGAAGGAGGAACUCUGGUAAACUCAUGUCACUGGACAAAGCCCCUUUAAGACAACUCUUGGAUGCCACGAUCGGAGCCUAUAUUAAUACAACUCAUUCGCGUCUCACUCACAUUAGCCCACGACACUAUAGUGAAUUUAUAGAGUUCCUCAGCAAGGCACGAGAGACCUUCUUAAUGGCUCAUGAUGGACACAUGCAGUUUACGCAGUUUAUUGAUAACCUAAAACAAAUCUACAAAGGCAAAAAGAAACUGAUGAUGCUGGUUCGUGAGCGGUUUGGUUAAUGAAAAUGCGUGAAGGGGGAGGUGGUUUGUUUUUACUUGAGCCUGCCUUUGUAUCCUUUUGAACUUAAAGAAGCAGUGCCACAUCGGUAUUAUAUGUGUAUAGUUAUAUUGAGUUUGAAAACUAAACUGUCAUGUUGUGAAAGUUUGUGUGUUUAAAUUUUUUUUCUGUUUUGUGUGAGAGAGAGGUCAAAAAAAGGUUUGGUUUACACUGAGUAUAUGUUGUCAAGUGGCAAAAGCCCACAUUGCUCUCCUGUUCUUUCUGUAUAUGUUCACAGCCUCAAAAAGAAAACAUAUUGCAAUGGCUUUAAAAAACAAACAAAACACCUCCAUCCUGUGAUAAGUACCUCAAAUGAAUUCAGCUUUACUCCUUUGUAACUCAUCCUUAUAGUUGUGUAUUUAAACAAACCAACAAAUGAAAUACUAGUACUUAAAAGGCUGACCAUGUGGCUUUGCAGUGCUGUUCGUCCAGAAGCAUGGCACACAAUGCUUGUGCAUGUGGAAACUUAGCAACUGUCAACAUACAUUCUCAGGGAUUUAUCAAAAUAAAUUUUUAAAAGUAUGAGAGCAUUUAUUGUACUGUAUAUAUAUUAUAGUAUAUGUCUGAAUAUUGAAAAAGUAUAACAUUAAUUUAUAAAAAAAUCAAAUCUAUGUAAAGCAAAAUACUUGAAACCGUAGCAGCUUGGUUUUAAAGAAAAACUAUCUAAAGGACUCAAGUGCGCCUUGCUUCAGGGUUGAUUCGGGGGGUGAACUAUAUUCUGGGCAUCUAUGCAGAGCCACCUUUUGGACUGCAUGAUUAGAACAAUACUUACUGGGGGAAAUUUUAUAUAUAUAUAUAUAUAUAUACACACACACACAUACAUACACACAUGCUUGUAACAGCCACUAUAGUAAAGAGGAACAACAAAAAAAUACACAACCAGAGCAACAAGCCUUAGCAUUAAGAAUACAGUAUACCAGAAUCAGGGUUUGUGCCUCCUAGCCUAGGAAAAUUAAAGAAAUAUAAUUUUUGGCACAAAAUGCAAAAUUAUUAAAGUGAUACAUUAUGCCUUUCGAGUGAGCUAAUAAUAAACUAACCUUUGUGCACAAAUAUAUAUAUUAUAUAUAUAUUCUGCAUAGGUAUUUUGACUUUGUGCAGGACAGAAAGUUGUGUAGGUAUGACUGUUCUACUUUUCCAUUCAUUUUUUUAACAUAUUUUCUCUAGAAUUACUCAAACAAAAGCAGCCUUCUAUCUUGCCUUGUCUUAAUGCUUUAAAUUAACCAGUCUGGAGAUCUAACUACCAAACCAUUCAUUAUAUUAUUAAAUACCAAAUUUGAUUACAGUAUAGUGUCUUUGUUUCAGCUGAUGGUUCUGUAUCCUUGUGAUUUUAAAACAGCUUUUAUGUUUUGGUGCAAAAGUUGUCCAGUGUCUCCUGUUCCCUUCAUUAGAGAACAUUCUAGAGAUAUGUUUGUAGGUAUUUUUGUUAAAAAAACCUAUUUCAUGCUCUCCAUUUUAUUUAUUAUAAUCGGUAAAAAUAUUGUACUUCAUUACCCAUGUAAACAUGCUCAUGAAGUUGAAAGUAAUUGAUUUGAUACACUGAUAUCAAUUUAUUUAUGCAACUAAAUCACUGUUUUAUAAACUUGUUAUUGAUCAACAAUUUUCUUUUUGAUUAAAAUUAGGUUUUUGAAAGUUGA